AUGGUUCCACCUACCAAGAGACGACGUCUGAUCGAUCUUUUGGAGGACAACAGUGAUGAGAUCUGCCAGCCAGCUAGUCAGCCGCAGAAAGAUAGCUGGAACGGAUUCUGUGAGAUCGAGUCAGAGCCUGCUCUGUUCAAUGUGAUGCUCCGAGAGUUCGGGGUGAAAGGAGUCAAAGUUCAAGAAGUCGUGUCUCUUGAGGAGGAAAUGAUGGCCUUUCUUAAUAAACCGAUCUAUGCAUUGAUCUUCCUGUUCCGCUGGCAAGAAGAUGACACAGAUCGGCAGGAAAUUAGUUGCCCUGAUGGCCUCUGGUUUGCAAACCAGACAGCAAUCAAUGCUUGUGCCAGUGUGGCACUACUGAAUAUUGUCAAUAAUAUCCCAAAUAUCGAUCUCGGGGAAAAUCUUGAGCGUUUCAAGGAAUUCACCAAGAAUUUUACUCCAGCUCUCCGGGGCGAUGCCAUCAACAACUUUGAGUUUGUUAAGAAAAUACACAAUUCCUUUGCACGCAAGAUGGAUAUUUUAAAUGCCGAUUUACAGCUUAAAUCAGAGGCAACUUCUAAAAAACGAUAUCAGGGUCAAGAUACCGGCAAUUCGGAUGCUACUUUCCACUUUAUUGCGUUUAUGCCGGCCAUGGGUCAAGUAUGGAAAUUCGAUGGACUAGAACGGCAACCACAAUCCCUAGGUGAAUGCUCCGAAGAUGACUGGUUGGAGUUGGCCCGGCCCAAUAUCGUUGAGCGAAUGGCGGCAUACGAGGAAGAGCAGAUUGAAUUUUCUAUGCUAGGGGUGGUUCGGGAUCCCCUGCAUGACUUGAUCCAGCAGCUUGCCGUCAAUGUUCGAGGUUUGGAGAUUUUAAAUGCCCGACUGACAUCCCCCGCAACCCCGGUACUUCCCGACGCAAUGUUAACCGAGCUCACCGAGACGGUGCUGGGUCCCGAUCCUUCCUAUGGCCUGAGUCGCGAAGACAUUGAUGCGGCUGUGAUCUCCAAUAUCGCGUCUUCGGAAUUUGCCACGGAGCUACGACGACUCCGCGACGUACAACGCCAACUACGAGGUCGGAUUCGAGAGGAGCAACAGAUCCAACGAAGUGACGAGGACCAUGCGACGGGACGGCGAUAUGACUAUGGGCCCGCGAUACGGACGUGGUUGCGAUUCCUUGCCCGCAAGCAUAUGCUGGCUGAGUUAUUGUAA